AGUUUCAACAUGAAGGCCUUGUCCGUGGUUCUGGUUUGUGGAGUGCUACUUGUCGUGGGAUGGAAGUCUGCGAGUCAAUCUUAUCGGACUACCAGCCUCAUGUCGGACGAGGGUCUGUCGGCCAUGACCAUUGGAAUGGAUCACAACGCGAUGCUUGCAAGAAACCCGACGCAGAACGCUGCUUACAUGCAGACCUUCGGAUCGUUCCUCCCGAACGCUAACCUCAAGUCUGCGACGGGGACAACACAACUGGCGCAAGCUAAGCACACUGCACAGCGCAAGAUGAAGGCGUCCGCACAGAGCAGGCUCAACCAGAAGCUGGCGGCUGCCAUGCAAGCGAAGCUGACCGCGUCGUCGAGAGGGGACGAGCUGAUGACUCCGCACUUCGUGGCGGCGUUGGAUGCGGCUUCGAAGAUGGGAUCGAGGACUUCGAUGCUGUCGGAGAGGAAGCAGAAGGAAGCUCUUGACGCUCUCAACAUGGCAAACUCCAAGUCUCACAUCCUCCCCUCGAAGCUUCGCGAAGAGUACAACUUCAACACUGCCAAGCAAACUCUUGGUCAAACCAAGUUGAUCUCUCCUUCUCAAGCUGCUCUCCGCGCAUACCCGCAGGGGGACGCGACUCAAUCUCUCAGCCAGCGAGCCGUUCCUUCUGCAACGGGAGGCAACCCGGGGCUUGCGGGGAAGGCUGACCAGCAGUUCUUGUCCAGUGAACCCCAGCAGCUGAGUACCAAGGAGCUGAUCCAGCAAGCAGCCAUGAAGCAGCUCAACUCUCUCCCUAAGCAGUCGGCCGCAGCUCCAGUCCAGCAGCUGGCCGAGCAGCCCCCUGUUGCUCGUCCCUACGCUUAUCCUGUCGCCGCUGUGGCUCAGCCCACCAUGUACUACCAGCAGGCACCACAGCCCAUGGCCUACUCCUCCUACCCGGCGCAGGUUCCCAACAACCAGAUGGCGUACCAGCCUCAGCAGAUGUACCAGCCGUCGUAUCCCCAGGCUCCCAUGCAGCAGCAAUAUGCUCCCAUGCAGCAGCCCGUGUACGCACAGCCCCUCCAGCAGAGGCCAAUGGCUUACCAGCCAUACAACGGGAUGGCGCAGCAGACUCAGAUGGCCUACCAGUCAAGCGCGACUCCCCAGUACGCCUCCAGCAACGCCAUGAUGACCCCAGCUGAGAUCGGCAAGGCAGCGGCAGCCAACGCCGCCAGCUGGAGGGCGCCCGACGAGUCGCUCAAGGCGGGGAAGUCAAAACAUCUCUCAGCUCAGCAGAAGCAGAAGAUCAGGGAGCAGAUGGAGGCGCUGAGACAGUCGAUCAAGUCCGACUUCAAGGCCAACACUAGGAUGGCGGACAAAGCUCUCCUCCUCGGACCUGGCGGCCUCUAAUAUUAUUUGUCGUGACCUUAAGUGGCGAUUGUUUAUUGAAUUUUCCUCCUUCAGAGU